GGCAGUCCUACGCUCAUAUUUACCUCUACGCACACACACAAACACACACACACACAGUGGAGGUGAACUUCAAACGGCUUCGCACUCCUCGCGCUGUUUUGGUUUUCUCUGGUGCAUCUUCAAUACAAUAAGUGUUAUUCUCGAACUCUGUUGACAGCGCGUCAUGGAAAGGAAGUGGGCAUACAGCAGACGCAAUAACAUAAGAAGAAGGGCUGUAAAAAUAGUCAACAAGGUGUUCGAUUCUUUGGAAAAGGAGAUUCAUUCUCAGACCGAUAGAAGAGUGGAAGCAAACUGUAGUGUUCAGUCACAGUGGCAUCAAGAAACCACCAGUCUCCAGAGAAAAAGCCCGGCAUGCUGCGAUCCGUUCAUAAAAUCGCUUCUUCAUGAAGUGUUAAGAAACCAGGAGAUUCUUAUGGAGCAACAGAGGAGCAUCAUGAUGAUGGUUCAGGAUCUCCAAGCAAGCAACGACAGCGAGAUCGCAGAUGAGGACCAUUUAAGUCAAAGACACUUUCCAAUUGAAGACCUCAAUUCAUUAACCGAGCUCGAAAACGAACUUCGAUCAUGUCCGGAAACGAGGCGAAAAAUGGUACACGAGCUUGGAUUGUUGGGUGGAGUUGAUGUGAAGGACACAGUGUGGCGAAUCAUGAAGCAGGCUAUCAAAAACGACUUUGCCAAAACAGUGAACUGGAGAGGCGUUAAUGGGAAAACACCGUUCCAAAAUCUGGAGUUUAAAAGCGUUGUGAUCGAGGCUGUAAGAAGAAAUCCCUCGUGCGCACAGACGACCGAGCUGGAGGUUGAAAAUGUGAUUAAACGCUGGUUUCAUCUCGCCGGCGACCGUGAGGGCGGAAGAAAAAAAAGAUCACUGUUGCAAAGUGUUAAAGUAGAAAACUCAUUUUAAGUUCUUGUAAAUCUCGACAGUAACUGACAAGACGAUACUUGCACUCGACAUUUUAACGUUGUCACUGGGUGUGUUCAGUGACUAAACAGUUUUUUCACAUUCUAGUUUUUAUUUGCACAUCUGUAAAUAUGCAUUUUUAUUUAAUCAGUUUUAGUUUUUUCGGCUUUGUUUGAAUUUUUUAUGCAUUACAUUAUUUUUCUAUUUUAAAUGAUUCACAUGUGAAUAUAUACACCAGUUGCAAUUGUUAAUGCUG